AAGUGGAACUCGUCGUGGCAACCACAAUAUCGCUACUCUUAUCCUUGCUUAUCGAUCGCGCUAUCAAAUCUUGACUGCAAUUCUCAUUGCUACAAAAUUAAAUUUCAUGAACAUUUUAAAAAUAUAUAUAUGUAUAGUUCCGCAAUCUUUGAGAUUGUAAGUGAAAAAUAUUCUUAAACCGAUACUCUGGGAGAUUUAGCAAUCAUCUGUUUGAAGCCGCGUAUGUCGUUUAUGACUGUUACUGUGAUUACUGUUACUGUGUUACUGUGAUUUACAUUUAUGACAAUCUUGAUAGAAUUAUUAUUGUAUAAGAAAUUCUUCGUGAUAUCUCUCAAUAGAGUCUUCAAAACUCGGAGACGAAUUUCAUCUCGCUAGUCGCAUCAGUGCUGUUUGGUUGUCCGAAGGAUCCGCUCACGCAGAAAUACACAAACGAAUGAAGAAGUCAUUUACAAGAAAUAUUUGAAUUAAUUGGCGAGAAGUUCCUCAAACACUGUUCAAUCCAUUGUAGAAGUGCUCAAAACGGAGAAGUAGCUGCGUAAUUGCAGCCGUAUGGGAGAAAUAGAAUGCGAAGUAAUAUUUUCAAGGAAAACAAAGGAUAUAAAAAAUUAGAAAAUAAGAAAGAGUUAGAUUUAUAGGAGAAAAGGAGAGAGAAAGACAGGCCAAACCUAUAACAUAGCGCAUGCUUCGUUUACAUUCGAGGUAGGAAUAAAAGUAAGAACAGGAACAGCUAGUUAAACAGCAAGAAGAGAGAAUAUAGAGAUAGAGAAAAAAAUAGAAAAAAGAGAAAGCAACAGAAGAAAGAGAAAAGUAUAAUUUCUUUUUUUUCGAGAUUGAUCUUUUCAAGAUGAAUAAGGACAAACCGAGCAACUUAGAUGUAGCUGAGAAUAUCUUUGAAGAGGCUACUGCGAAGAAGACACAAUGGCGUAAUCUCUUGGCCUUCUGGAUUUUGGGAUUGUGCAACAAUUAUGGCUACGUCGUGAUGCUCAGCGCUGCCCACGAUAUCCUUGAUAUCAAGUUCAGUGACAAGGAUAAUUCUACGUUAAAUACAAAUGGCACGAAUAUGACAGGAAUUCGCAUGUGUAACACAGUUUCGACCGGCGCCAUACUUUUGGCAGAUAUUCUGCCAUCAUUGGCAAUUAAGAUGAUAGCACCGUUUCUGCCGUUUCUAGUGCAUGCUCGACUGGCUACCUGUGUGUUAUUUUCCGCUGCAGGAUUUCUCAUGGUGUCGUUGAGUACUGUUGAAUGGUUAGCUCUUCUGGGUGUCGUCAUAACAUCGCUUUCCUCCGGCUUGGGUGAGGCUACCUUGCUCGGGUACAGUAAUCAGUUCUCCAAACAGGUGAUCUCGACAUGGUCAUCGGGAACUGGUGGCGCCGGAGUGAUCGGUGCUUUAUCUUACGCUAGUCUCGCUACUGUAUUGUCUGUCGAGAAUACAUUGUUGGUCAUGUUAAUUGUGCCACUUUUACAAGGGAUCACGUUCUGGUGUGUCCUCAAACAUCCGGUGCAUACCAAAAUAUCAAUCAAUGGUGUCGAGAAUCAAGAGCAGAUCAUCAAGGUCCCCGAGAAAAGCAUUAGGGACAAAUUCAAGUUGAUACCUGGCUUGCUAAAGUACAUGAUACCUCUCGGAUUGGUUUACCUUUUCGAAUAUUUCAUCAAUCAAGGCCUGUACGAGCUCAUCGAAUUCGAUAACAUUUGGUUGACACAACACGAACAAUACAGAUGGCUUCAAGUAGAUUAUCAGAUAGGUGUAUUUAUAUCGAGAUCAUCGGUAAAUGUAGUUACGAUUAACAAAAUUUGGAUCAUGUCCGUGUUUCAGCUCAUUAAUGUCAUAAUUCUCCUCUUUGAGACUCUUUUCUAUUAUAUACCAAAUAUAUGGAUCGUUUUCGCCCUUGUAUUGUGGGAAGGUCUACUUGGUGGCGGAGCGUACGUGAAUACUUUCUUCCGGAUAUCCACUGAGAUUCCAAAAACGGAUCGUGAGACCUCUUUGGAGAUCGCGACGAUGUCGGACGCGAUCGGAAUCGCGUUAGCCGGUUGGCUAUCCAUGCCAGUCCACAAUGCCAUUUGCAAACUACCACAGCCGAAAAGAUUAGGUAGUUAAAAAUACUGCGAAUAUUUUUUUUCGUGCAUCACGAAGUACUAACAAAGUUCUUGCAUGCGGAAACUUUUGCUUUCGGAAGUUCCUCGAUGCGAUAAAUUGGUGUUUACUGUGCCAAAGAUACGAAUCGUAUCUUAUAAGCAUUUAAUAAUUGAAUGUAAAUGAAAUCAUGUGAUUAAUUUUUCGAAUCACAAGAAGUAUAGGUUUGACGAUUUUAUAAUACGAGCGUUCAGGAAGUGUACGAAAUUUUGAAAACUAGUUUUAGAAAAGAAAAUAUCCCAGGAUACAUGAAUUUUCUCAUCGUCGUU